UUUGAAGCAUGCUAUAAAGCUGUCUACAAUCAGUGGUUUUAUUAAUGAUAAUAAAAUAAUAAAAAGAGGUGAAAAUGCCUUGGAAUCUGGUCACGUGAAGAAAAUGGACUACGACCGUGAUUUCAAAAUUAUUAGGGGCGAAGUUUUGGCCAGUAUGAAAAACAAAAGCUACAAGGUAUCUAUAGAGUUAGACAACAAUGGUGACAUUUCAUCAGCCACUUGUGCUUGUCCGAGAGGCAUUAAAUGCCAUCACAUUGUGGCAUUGGCACUUUUCGGACGUUACAAUAUAUCUGUGACAGAUAAAGCUUGUUCCUGGAAUGCGCCACCAAAACCAAAGGUUGGGCCAUUACCUCAAUCUGCUGAUGAGCUUAAUCCAAAGCCAUUUAUAUCUGCCCUGGAAGAAGAGCUAUCAGAAGAAGCUGCCAACACAGCGAAGGAAAGGCUAAACUGCUUUGGGCAUACUGUUGGAUACACUUGAUUUGUGAAAAAGAGGGCAAUAGAUUCUCAAACAAAUAUUGUCCCUGCAAUCCAGGACAUUAUUUCGUCUGAUUAUUUUCUGGAGGCCACAGAUAAAAUAUCAACAUUAAAAGAAAGG